AUGAACUAUAGCUCCAUUUUUCCAAAACUGGAGGAUCUAAGUAUCAACAAUUGCAACAAGCUGGAGUUUAUAUUUCCUCUGUCUCUUUUUGGUACUCUUCAAAAAUUAAAAUCUUUGAGUAUCAAGAGAGUUGCUGAGUUGAAAUACAUUUUUGGGAAAUGUGAUGAUGGACAUCAUUUAUCAAAUGAGAAUGAAAGCGAUGAGCUUAAUAUUCAUCUCCCUGCUUUGGAAACACUAUCACUUGGAGAUGUGCCAAAGUUAAUCAACAAUAUUGGUGCCAAAAAAUAUCACCUCAGCUUUCCGCCUCUACAAAGCAUUGAUUUGGGGGGUCUUCAAGAGUUCAACGGAAGAUCUUUUACAGAUUUGGUGGCUUAUUUACAAGGAAUACAAUUGAAUGUGAAAGCUCCAAAGGACCAGAUGAAAAUUAUCAAGGAUAUGCAGAAGCUGACAACUCUUGAUGUAAGAGACUCCAAAAUAGAAGAGGUUCUUAAUUUGGAAGGAGUGGAAACUGAAGGUCCAUUCAUGACAUUAAGUAUUGAAAUGAUGUGGUUGGAAAAUCUAAGUGAGUUAAGGCAAAUAUUCAGGGGUUCCAAAUAUAUUUUGAGCCUCCCCAAUCUCCAAGAACUAGACAUCAUAGCAUGUAAAAUGCUAAAAGCAAUCUUCUGUGGCUCAAUAGUGAAAAGCCUUCCACAAUUAUCCAAUUUAUUGAUAAGAGAUUGUGACGAAUUAGUUAACAUCAUUGAAGAGAGUGAUAAGGAUCAUUUGCAUCAACCUUGUUUCCCAAAGUUAGAGAAAAUUGACAUCAAUUGUUGUAAUAGCUUGAAAUUCCUCUUUUCUAUCUCAACCUGUGGCCUGUUUCCAAAGUUGGAGGUCUUGAAUAUAGAAGAAGCCUCUGAGCUUGAGCAAAUAUUUAUAUGCAAACAAGAUAAUAUGGAGAAGAUGGCAAAAAUGGGAGAAGUAUUUCCAAAACUGUCAAAGGCAACACUUGGAAAACUCCCAAAGCUUAUUUCUAUUUGUGAAGGGAUUGAUUUUAAGGAUCUACAAUGUGAAGUGGAAGAUUGCCCAAAAUAUCAAGAAACUGGUCAAAUCCGAGAAGAGCCUAAAAAUAGGGAUUCAGAAAAUCAAGCAACAACAAGUGUUUUGCAAGAAUUUACAAAGAUCACAGAGGAAACAUUACUUGAAAUUCAAGUUCAAGAUCCUGUUCUAGCUUCAGAGAAACAAGCAUCAGGAACUUUAGCAGCAAAAUCACAACUGAGAGGCAUAUCUUUACAUGAGUUGCAGGAUGAACACAAAACAAGUGAAUCAACUAUGCAGCUCCAACAAGAGGAUUUUGCAGAAACAAAAACCACUGAAGCUUUUCAGAAAACCAAUAUACCAUUGGAUCAUAAUAGUAUUGAUAUCAUAUCAAAAGAAAGAGCUGAAGGUGGUCUCACCUCAGAGGAUGUAGUGGCAACAACUAUGAUAGCUGAUUUAGCACCAAGAAAUUCAUCAAAAGGAUUAAUCAUUCCUCACCAAAAAGAGCUUCCAUUGGAUUUGAAGCCAUCAGAAUCAAGAUGCGAAACAAGCAUGAAACGCCAGGAGGAGCUACGAGAUAGGAUGAUUAUUGGUGUUACUUCCUCAGUUGUUUCACAAGUUGAAAGCUUGCAAUUUGGUCCAUCUAAAUUGGUUGGCAGCAUGGAAGAAACACAUGAGCAAGGCUCUCAAGAGGAUGAUGCAGCAACUGAUUCAAUUUCAAGGAAGCAAACUAGAGUAUCAUCCAUUUCUGCACAAGGCUCAGAAGAAAUAGAAAAAGCUGUUAAAAUACAUGCUUCGCAGCUAUCAAUGGCUCCAAUUUCGACAAAUUUAGAGAUUCCUCAGCACAUCAAAGAUACAACAGAACGAGGUCUUGAAGAGAAUUAUGCAGAAGAUGAUGCUGUGACAGCAGUUGGAUCAACUAAUUCAGAUUCAAGGAAGCAAUCUACAGGACCAAUUGAUAACCUCUCUGGAAAACAUUCUGCACUAAGUGCUAAGGAAAAAGCAAAAGGAAUUGAUGAAAAAGCUACUGCUACAGACACAUCACCAAUGGCAACUCCAUUCAUAAGAGCCCUUACUGUUAAAGAAGCAGGAGAUAACUCAAAUUUUCAAGAGGAAGCAAUCAUUCCCCAAGUCAUUCCUUCUCUCCAUCAUCAAUCACAAAUUGCUUAUGAUGGCACUUCGUCUCCUAAACUGGGGAUUUUUGAAAUUUUCAAACUUGUGGAGUUGAAACAAGGAGAAACAGCUUUACUUGCUGAAGCACUAGAGCGAUAUCCCCAACUAUUGCUGCCUCGUGAACAUCGAACCCAUCGUAUAAUAGCCUGGUCCUACAGGGUACUGGUUGAUAUUCUGGUCAUGCUCGCCACCAAGACUCCUUAUACCAUUACCACAUCAGAAAAAUCAACCUUGGAGGCAAACUUAAGUGAAGCAAUUGUUCUUGGGUUCGACAAAGACUGGGUUGAAUCAGUUCGUGCCAAAGUUUUUCGCGCUGACAUAUCUGAUAUCUCUGCAGCAAAAGAGGAGAUUCAAGCCAUGGGGGGCAAGCUUGGAGAAAUUGAUUCUCAGUUGUUGGAUCUCUCCGAACAUUGCAAGAAACUGUUUCAGAACAUGACCAUGAUCAGAAACAUAGCAAGUGCCAAAGGUAAACCCUUUGGCAUUUAGGUGUGUUUUACAUUAUUGUGCUUUGUUAUUGGUUUUCGAUUGUAGUAAGACUCCAGAGGAGGGUACCAUGAUGCC